AGAGACUGUUGAAGCACAGGCGGCGGGAUCUUCCUCCUCCUCCUCCUCUUCUUCUCCUUCUCCUCCAGCGCAUGUAUCAGGCUUCAAAAUAAUACCCCUGCACCUCACUGACAUGUUUGUCCCGCUUUUCUUAAACCAUGCAGGCUAAACGGAAGAUGUUUGACAGAGCGAGCCUCUGUUCUCCGCGCACAGCAUCAGACACCCAGUGAGACCUUUCAGAGAGAGGCACCACGCAAGCGCGUAAAGGAGACAGAUUUGGACACCUGAUUUCGGUGGGUGUCUUUCCAGCGCAAAUUUCACGCUUUAACUCCAACUGUCCGCUGUUGUUGUUGAACGUGUGUGUGUGUGUUGUGUUGUGUUUUUGUGUUGAAGGCCUCUGGCGGUGCAGAUAUAUACGGUGGAUUAUUAUCAGCAUGGACAAAUGGGGGAGAGAGGACCGAUCGCUGCGUUGACUCGCGGAGCAGCGCGCACAGUCUUGACGCUAUAGCGUUACGCAUUUGUUUCACUGAGAGUCGUUCUUUUUUUCUUUCUUUCCUCCUUCUCCCGCCGCUGCGGCUCAACACCAGAAUACAAAAAAAAAAAGUCACACAUCUGUGGAUAAGGAGGAGAGCGGGGUGUUGUCGGAGAGGGAUGAGAGGAGGAGGGGGCCACUAUGAGGUGUGCUUUUUUUGGGAAAAGCCGGAGAGAGAAGACGGACGCCGAGAAGCUGUGCUGAUGUGCGAGACCCCGCGACGCGCUGCCCUCCCGAGAAACAACUGCGAUCGGGGAAGAAAUGGCCUAGUUAGACGCUCCUCUUCAUCAUCAUCAUCGACACACCGACCGAGGACGGAGCUGAAGAAUCGCAUGGACGGGCCAUCAUCACCAUCAUCAUCCUCGUCAUCACCAUAAUUCCGGUGCCUUGCAUCGAGACCCUUAAGGUGUAAUUGGCUCGCUGACUGCAGCUCUGGACCCAUCAGGAGCGUUGAGGAGGAAGACGGAUGAGACCACAGAGUCUACCUGAGAAUGCUACCUGACCCUCCGCCUCACCAUGUCACCCUAGGAGAACCGUUAAGCUGUCCCUUUUCACACACCCUCUUUUUGCCUUUGUUAUCCCCCAUAACCCACUGAGUUUGUGAUCCCUGUCUACAUCCUAGUGAUAGGACUAAAAGAGCCUUUAUUUUGGACAUGUUGUUUUUUCCUUUCAAUGCUGCCAGCCACCAAGGCUAUGGUGGGAAGCAUCAUUAUACUUCUCAGCAGAUUGCUAAUCUCUGCCUGGUGUGGCUCUCAGGACUAGCGCUGCACCUGACCCUCUCCUCGUGUCAACGGGUUGAUCUGAAAUACCCCAUAGUGUCCACCGGCUAUGGAAAGGUGCGUGGUAUCAGGAAGGACCUGAGCAAUGAGAUCCUGGGCCCAGUGGAACAGUACUUAGGAGUGCCGUAUGCCACCGCGCCCGUCGGCGAGCGUCGCUUCCAGCCUCCUGAAGCUCCAGGCUCCUGGCAAGAGAUCCGCAAUGCCACCCAAUUUGCGCCCGUGUGUCCCCAGAACGUGCACGGGGUUUUACCGGAGAUCAUGCUACCCGUGUGGUUCACGGACAACCUGGAUGCUGCAGCGAAUUAUGUUCAGAACCAGAGCGAGGACUGCCUUUACCUCAACAUAUACGUGCCCACUGAAGACGGUCCACUCACAAAAAAACAGGAUGAGUCUACAAUGAACAGACCAAGGGAUGAAGAUAUUCGGGAUCGCCGCAAGAAGCCGGUCAUGCUGUUCAUCCACGGGGGCUCCUACAUGGAGGGCUCAGGGAACAUGUUUGACGGCAGCGUCCUUGCUGCCUAUGGAAACGUCAUCGUCGUCACCAUGAACUAUCGGCUUGGUGUGCUCGGGUUUCUAAGCACAGGGGACCAGUCUGCUAAGGGGAACUAUGGCUUGUUGGACCAGAUCCAAGCCCUGCGCUGGCUCAACGAAAACAUUGGCCACUUUGGAGGAGACCCAGAGAGAAUCACCAUCUUUGGCUCCGGAGCCGGCGCCGCCUGUGUGAACCUCCUCAUCCUCUCGCACCACUCCGAGGGCCUGUUCCAGAGGGCCAUCGCUCAAAGUGGCUCCGCCAUCUCCAGCUGGUCAGUCAACUACCGGCCGCUGAUGUACACAAAGAUCCUGGCGAGGAAGGUUGGCUGCACUCUGGGGGACAUGGCCGAGUUGGUGGACUGCCUGCGGAGGAAGAGUUUCCGGGAGCUGGUGGACCAAGACAUCCAGCCUGCACGCUAUCACAUCGCCUUCGGACCCGUGGUGGACGGGGACGUGGUGCCAGAUGACCCUGAGAUCCUCAUGCAGCAGGGCGAGUUCCUCAACUACGACAUAUUGCUGGGCGUCAACCAGGGAGAGGGCCUGAAGUUUGUGGAUGACAGCGAAGGAGAAGACGGAAUCUCGGCAGCAUCAUUUGACUACACCAUCUCUAACUUUGUGGACAAUCUGUAUGGAUACCCUGAUGGUAAGGAUAUCCUGAGGGAAACUAUAAAAUUCAUGUACACUGACUGGGCUGACAGGGACAACAGUGACAUGCGGAGGAAGACCCUCCUGGCUCUGUUUACCGACCAUCAGUGGGUGGCCCCAGCUGUCGCCACCGCCAAGCUGCACGCCGAGUUCCAGUCGCCUGUCUACUUCUACACCUUCCACCACCACUGUCAGACCGAGGCCAGGCCAGAAUGGGCCGACGCAGCCCACGGAGAUGAGAUCCCCUAUGUGUUUGGGAUUCCCAUGGUGGGAGCCACUGACCUGUUUCCCUGUAACUUCUCCAAGAACGAUGUAAUGCUCAGUGCUGUAGUCAUGACUUACUGGACCAACUUCGCCAAGACAGGGGAUCCUAACCUACCAGUUCCUCAGGACACCACCUUCAUCCACACCAAGCCCAACCGCUUUGAGGAGGUCAUCUGGACCAAGUUCAGCUCCAAAGACAAGCAGUACCUGCAUAUCGGCCUGAAGCCUCGGGUCAGAGACAACUACCGGGCCAACAAGGUGGCCUUCUGGCUGGAGCUGGUGCCACACCUCCACAGCCUCCAUGAGGAAAUCAUUAGCUCGUUUACAACUCGACUGCCGCCUGGAGGCCCCAAUCGCCGGAAGGUCCCUAAAAACCCUGGUGACCACUCCACUCCGCCUGUAAUCUCCGUCUAUCCUCCUGAUCCUGAGCCUGAUGGUUCAGAGAGACCCCGCACUCCUCCAUUCCCCAGUGCAACCAGGGACUACUCCACCGAGCUGAGUGUGACGGUAGCUGUGGGCGCCUCGCUUCUUUUCCUGAACGUGCUGGCCUUCGCUGCGCUUUACUACAAACGGGACAAGCGCCACGAACUCAUGCAGAGACGCCACCGACGACUCUCCCCACAACGAGGCACGACGAUGGGCAUGGGUGUUGGAAUGGGAGUAGUAGGGUCCCCGCCGCACAAUGACCUGGCGCUCAGCCAGGAGGAGGAGCUGAUGUCACUGCAGAUGAAGCAGCAAAGAGUGGAGCUGGAGCACGGCACACCCCUCCCGUCCCGCGGUGUCCUCGGCGACCUGGAGCCCCUGCGGCCCCCAGUGUGCCCGCCUGACUACACGCUGGCCCUGCGGCGAGCACCGGAGGAUGUGCCACUGAUGACGGCCAACACCAUCACCAUGAUCCCGAGCACCAUCAGCAGCAUGCAGCCUCUCCACCCUUUCAACACCUAUCCCCCUGUCCCGGCCCCCUCCACUACACCCGUCCCCAGCCACAGCAACAAUGCCCUGCCACACCAACACUCCACCACCCGUGUAUAGGACCAGGCACAACCUCUGCUACCCCACUCUGGGCUUACAGAGACACACCACACAAACUGUUCCAUACACACUUCACUCUCGCCGCCCUCUCUUCUUCUCUACUAUAUCUCUGUCUUUUUCGCAUCGAGCCCUCAGAUAAAGCUGCAGUUUGUAAGAUGUGAAGCAGUGAAAUACCUCUAAAAAUGUUAUCAUGAAUCAAGGAGCGGAUUUUUAAAAACACUUUGCCAAAAGCCUGUCAUCACAGGUACAUACUGUUUUGCCCUGUUAACACACCCUUUCAGUAUCUGGUGCUUAAUGUGAGCCCCCAAAACCACAGCUUUAAGCUUGUAGCUCUCUCGAGCCAUCACAAGCUCAUCACGAUCAGUCAGGCAUCGUGCGUGCAGCUUGGUUUUUUUUUUCGCGCAUGUGUAGCCGCGUCAGUGUAAAACUAAGUUUAACAUAGAAUACAAAUAGUCAUUUUCCUCCGUUUAGUGCAGAGAUAUUACAGUAGCGAGCAGCUUUGUGUGAGGCGACAUAUGCUCCAACAAGCUGUCUGUCAUAAAGCGGUGAUUUCUCGAAACUUACAAAUUGCAGCUUUAAAGGCCCAAUCUGGAAGUGAGGUUUGGCACCCUGUGUCGAACGCCAUGUCCCGACAGCUGUUUCUGUGAUCUGGUUUUCGGAGAAUUUACUUAGUGUGAAAUGUAUGGACAGGCCCGGGAGUGAGAGGAUGAACGCUAUAUGCAAAGAAAUAGUUUCUCAUUUUUAAUUUGAAAAUUACAUUUCCUCUAUUUACAAGCGUGUGUGUUGCUGUUUUCAGUUAUGAUGCGACCUAAAGGCCCAAAUCCAAAAGUUCUGCUUUUUAAAAAUCUGCACACUCAGAGCUGAUGCAUUCAGAACAUUUCCAGAUUGGGGCUUCAACUGACGGGCGGUACAGGAAAUAACUGAAUCACACUCGGUCUGCGGGACGCAACCUGGAAUCCAGGCUGCCCAUUAGAACUCGCUGCAUCUCCGCCACACAGGCUCUAAUCAUGGCCAUUACUUUAUUUGUUUCUCUCUCAUUAUCUCUCUGUCUGUAUCCCCCAUCUCAGCUCAUUUAACCGCUUCUCUCUCCAUCUCUCCGUCUGCAUCCUCCCUUAGUAGCUCUUUUUAUUAAACCAUCGCCAUAAUCCACUUUCAUCUCCACCUCUCCCCUCUUUCUCACAAUCACUUCUAGACUCUUUUUUCCUUUUGGAGUCUUUUAUACAAAAACACAAAUGUAAAUGAUGUAUUAUUAAUAAAUUGUAAGGAUAUGAAUGAAAAAAAAAGAUAUUCUGAUAUCUCGUUUUUACCAGCAUUCUUGGUGCCAAGUACUGUGAUAAAGUUCCUCUUUCACUGGCGUCCAGUGGACCGCCUGGAGAGGUCCAUCCUGACUGUAUCUUACAAAAGGAAUUACCAUCAUAAAAAGUGCCAACCCCCCCCUUCAUCUUUCUUUUGGAUCCACACCGGUUUUAUUUUCUUUUAAUUACACUCAAUGUUGCACUGUGGCUGGUCUCUUCUUUAAAGGGAAAUCAGAUCAAAUCAAUAUAUCCUCAUUUAAAAAAAAGAAGAAGAAUAUAAAGUUUUAUUAACUACUUUGCUGUCUGGGAUAUAUUUGCAUGAUGUUUUCUUUUUCCUAAAGAGUGUGGACAGAGGACUUUGUUUGUCGUUCUGAUGAUUUGCCUUGUUUUUUCAUUGAUUUCUUUUGUAUUAUUAUUUUGAAAAUCAUUUUCAUAUUCUAUUUUAAUAUCAACUGCACUUUGUGGCACUUCAAAAGGUAUUAAAGUAUUAAGAGAUGAAUAUUGUGUAAAACUAUGAUUAUAACAAAGAGAGUAAAUAUUUCCUCUUUAUUUUUUUUUUCAUUUCCUUUCACUGAGGCUGUGCUGCAAAUCUACCAGGAGGACUGACGAAAGCCUUUCUCUCUCCCCCACCUUCUUUUGUUCUGCUCUGUUUCUCUGUCAAGUUUGCACAGUCACUGUCUCUCAAUCUCACCUGAAGAUAGCACUUUUUUUAAGUUACGAAAAAAGAAACUUUACGUGAAUAGUCUAAAUACGGUUUUUGUCUGCGACCGACAUAAGCCACAUGCUUCAAGUGUUUGAAGACUGCCUGACACUUAUCUUUUUCGUCUGCUCUUUUGUUGUUUUUCGAUUCUCCCUCCUGCGAGGCGGGGAGAGAGGAUGAGAUGUAUUUAUGAUGGUCAAAAGGUGAGAAGGCCUUGUAUGCGCAUUUCACAUCUUUCGCACAAUUGAACACAGGGACGGGUCACACGCUGAACAGUUCUGAAAAGAAAAAGAAAAAAAAACAACAAUCCCCGGUGGCAUUAGAACAACACUGGACAAACGCCAGCCGUGAUUCAACGGUGACGAGGAAAUAGCUCGUCAGCUACAGUACGAUCUGUCAAUGCACAGAGGAUACAUUCUAAAAAACCUUAUUUAAAAAAAAUCUUUAAUGACAGACAUUACUCAUACACCAUAUACCACAAAAAGCAAGGCAAGCGGGUUGACUCCCGCUCCUUGAAAGGUUCUGUAUCCUGUUAGGAUAACGUCACUCUGGAGCCAGACUGCCAUCCCUCACUGGACUGGAGCGAGGACAAAAAGAUCAAAAACCAACGCGUGGAAACAAACUGUACAUUUUUUAAGUGUAAGAGAACAAACUGGAAUUUGUAAAUAUUAUGUUUGUCGUUUGGUUUGAGUGAUUGGCCGGAUCUUUUCUUUGUGACAACAGGUGCAAGUUUAGAUGACUUACAUGAUUUUAGCACUCAUGCGUAUGUUUGUAUGUUUCUUUCCUAGAUCUCAAAGGGGUAUUAUAUUCCAGUAGGUUGUGGGCACAUGCAUACAUCUGUUAACAUACAUGAAUGAUUUUUUUAAAAAGAAAAAAAAAGAACCACAGCAUGGUUGAGGUCGACAUAAAGACGAAAAAGGAAUGCUUACGGCUCAGGGUAGCCUUGAUAUUGUGGUGAUUUAAAAAAUGUUCUUACUGCAUAUAUGGCCGUCUUAAGCAUAGCGUUCACUAUCCCAUCAAUCAUGAAGGAAGCUUUUAAAACGAAAUGGGUCCUUUUUAUUGGUUAAAAAGCCAAAGAACAGCUGCAGAGAACAGAUGAAGAAAGAGGAAUGAGACAGGAAAAGUGAGAUGUGUCGAAUGUGCUCUAAACUAACCACAAAUGGAGAAAUUUGACUUGUGAUGCUGUUGGAUUUUAACUGUCAGUGUCUCACGUAGUCUUGACCAUUGUCAUACAAUAUAACCAGUAGCUGGGAGGUUGUGAAAGCCCUUGUAUUGUUUAGGUCUUAUUUCAGACUAUGGUUGAUUUGCUAACUUUUGGAAUUUUGUCUGAAAACUCUGUUUUACGAUGAUGAUUAUUGACCCGGCUAUUUGAUGUGAGUUUGAGUUGCCCUCGCCUCCAAAAAGCAGCAUUACAAAUCCUUCUUUUUUCUUUAUUUUUUUUUGGGAAACAAAAGUUUGGACAGCCAACAGAUAAUGGAAGCACACUCACCAAGUUUACAUGUUUACACUACAGUUUUGUUGUUGGCUUGAAAUAAGGGACAAAAUCAGAUAUAUAUAUUUAAAAAAAAACAUUACAGGAAUCCAGAUAUCUUCUUAUUACAACAUGAAAUGCUGGAAUGGUAAAGCGAUGGCUUGCACCUGUUUGUCUGUUUCAUUUAGUCUGAUUCAGUAACCUGCUUGACGCUCAAGAUACUGUGAGUGAGCAUAAAUGACCAGGAGGGGUUGAAAGAAUUAAAAGUUAAUAUUUCUAUUUCAAAUAGAGGCUAUUACACACUGUAUGUUGUGUAUCUGAACUGGAAAACAUUAAAAAGACAUUCUUAAACAAAA